AUGGAGGAGCCCGGCACACGGUCUCGGCCACGAGACGCGUCGUCAAUACCAGAUUCAUCCGCCCAUGCUUCUCGACAGCUAUCCGCAAACCCAAGUCGCAGGCAAGAGGUAGACCAGCAUGGCGAGUUUAGAUCCACGGCUGGGCCAUUGCCCAGUAUCGGCCAGUUCUCCUUUGCCCCUGCCACCCGCACCACUGUUGUCACCACCACAACUACCACGACCACCAACUUUCCUCCACUGGUUCUGAACCCACCGCGGUCUGUUCGUGAACUGAAUCCCAAACGCUAUCCUCUUGCUGCUUAUCCCACUCCCUCUGCCUUACGAAAUUUUCAAUUCGAACUUGAUGGCCAGUUCGUGAUCUUUAACGAACCGGAAGAUACCGAUGCUGCAGUGAAAGAUUUGAACGAGCAGCAGGACGCGUUGGAAUCAUCAAACGGCGUGCUUACCUCCGUUAGAGCGUACGAUGGCCUCGUUCAAAACACCAACCCUCUCGCUUCUAUCUCACGUCCCUCUAGUGUAUCUGCGUCGAAACGCCGAGCGGUCUCCCCAUCUUCAAUACCUCAAGCUUCUCGCAGAAUCCGAUCUUUAAUGGUUCCAUCUGAGGCACGUGGCACAACUUCGCAGCAAAGAAAGAGUCGCCUGGGUGGAGUUGCCCCCGCCACUAAUUCGUCAGUGGCCGGCCUAGCCACCCCCGAGACUGAGUCAAGUCGUUUUCGUCUUGAUCAACAUGCGACUCUUAGAAAGCGCAUUUAUAGUGAGAGGGUGGGACAGAAGGCGAAAGCUGCUACUUCUUCACAGGGCGAUGCCGAUAUUUCACAGACUUCAACCCCAAGACAACUAUCUCCCACGAAGCCGAGCGUUCGACGCCAAUACUCAAGCAAUAGAGUUCCUGCACUUGAACGCCGGGCAAACUCCAUGAAACCCGUUUCUACAAUCUCCCAAGAUUCUCUGUCUGCCCCUGAAGACGAUGCAUCUGCUGAAACCGUGGCCACAGAAAAUGAGGCGAGCCAAGAAUCCGAGGCCUAUCAACCUUCUUCUGGGCCAACAAAUUUGUCUGUUUAUGAUGGCGUUUUGAGUCAGGAUAUGUGUUUGCCUAGUCCAAGCUUGUCACCUGUCACUGCUAUGAACACACAUAAUCCGGACUACUUUCUGGAGUUUCCCGAGGAUCAAGGAACAGACACUGACUCAAGCCUGGAUAAUCAGGUUUCCAUUCUGCCGGAUUCUCUUCGUCAGAAAAACAUCCGCAGUGUUUCCAGUCAGACAUCAUUUACGACUGAGAAUCAUGCCGUUCAGUCCCGACCUACUUCUUUAAUGGAUAUUCCGGCUACGCUAGAAUUCUUCGAAGCUAUUCCAGACGAGAUGAAGACUUAUAUGAUGUAUCAGCUUUUGAAGCGCUGUCCCAAGCCUACCCUUCAAUUUGUGGCAGAUGUUGUCAACCCUGCAUUGAGUUGCGAUUUCUUAGCGUUGUUGCCCGCUGAAUUAACCCUGAAUAUAGUGAGGUAUUUUGAUUACAAGACAAUGUGCCGGGCCUCCCAGGUGUCAAAGAAAUGGCGUCACAUUAUCAACUCGGACGAACGAGCUUGGAAGGAGCUAUUUGAAAGGGAUGGCUUCAAGCUUCCACCGGGCGAACUGCAGCAGGCUAUCAGAGAAGGGUGGGGUUGGCAGUUUCCUAAUGGACGCGAUGAUUGGGAGAAAGAUCUAUCCGCACGUACUACUACGGCAACGAAGAGUGAUUCCGAUGUAUUCGGCCAAGCUCUCCCUUAUCCCCUUCCGUCAAAUUCGGAUUCGCUCACUCUCGAUUCUGUCUCUCCGCGUCGAUCAAAGAGAAAGGCAGCUAACAGAACGCCAAGUCGAAAGGUGGCUAGACGCAAAUUGACAUCAUCGCAUACGAACGAUUCUCCGGUGUCGAGUCCCUCAGACUGGAACAAUGAAGCUUCCAUUCUUGAGGGUCCUGGUGCCGCUGCGAACGCUGCGGCUGCUGCCAUCCCCUACCCAGACGUUGGAUUGCCCUCACUUCGCAGUUUGCAUGUCUACAAGUCACUUUACCAACGCCAUUUUUCGAUCCGAAAUAGCUGGAUGCGUCCCAACUUGAAGCCAAAGCAUCUUGCUUUCCGCGCUCAUGACCGUCAUGUUGUCACGUGCCUUCAAUUUGAUUCUGACAAGAUUCUCACUGGAAGUGAUGAUACCAAGAUCCAUGUAUACGAAACAAAGACCGGCGCGCUGAAAUCUAUCCUCUCCGGUCACGAAGGAGGUGUGUGGGCUUUGGAAUACUACGGCAAUACGCUUGUUUCUGGUUCCACAGACAGAUCAGUACGUGUAUGGGAUAUUGAGAAAGCCAAGUGCACACAAAUAUUCCAUGGUCACACUUCGACCGUGCGAUGCUUGCAGAUUCUACUCCCCACAGAAGUCGGCAAAAACCCCGAUGGGUCCGCGAAUAUGAUGCCUAAAGAGCCCCUCAUUAUUACCGGCUCACGUGACUCGAAUCUCAGAGUCUGGAAGCUACCUAAACCAGACGACCCUUACUACCUAGAUGCCGGCCCACAUGCAGAGGACAUUGACUGUCCAUAUUUCCUACGCGUUCUGUCUGGUCAUCAAUAUUCGGUGCGUGCGAUUGCAGCGCAUGGUGACACCUUGGUAUCAGGCAGUUACGACUGCACUGUGCGAGUAUGGAAGAUCUCUACAGGAGAAAGUCUACACAAGCUACAAGGUCAUACGCUCAAGGUCUACAGUGUCGUUUUAGAUGUGGAAAGGAAUCGAUGCAUCAGUGGAUCCAUGGAUCACAUGGUCAAAGUGUGGUCGCUUGAGACCGGAACGUUACUCUACAACCUGGAGGGACAUUCAUCCCUGGUUGGUCUGUUAGAUCUCAAGAGCAAUCGUUUGGUGUCGGGAGCAGCUGAUUCGACCCUGCGAAUUUGGGAUCCGGAAAGUGGACAAUGUAAGAACAUCUUGACUGCGCACACUGGGGCCAUUACGUGUUUCCAGCACGACGGCGAGAAGAUCAUAUCUGGAUCAGAUAGGACCUUGAAGAUGUGGAAUGUACGCACGGGAGAAUGUGUGAAGGAUCUCCUGAGGGAUCUCAGUGGUGUAUGGCAAGUCAGAUUCGAUAGUCGCACUUGUGUUGCGGCUGUUCAGCGGGAUGGCCUAACCUACAUUGAAGUCCUCGACUUCGGCGCUUUCCGAGAUGGCCUUCCUGAACAUCGGCUUGGAAAACGCACACUAGUUGACCGCUAUGGGUUUGCGGUUGACGAUGACGAUGACGAUGAAGAUUAUGACGCAACAGAAUAA